CAGCUCGGAUCAACCUCGGAGUCUACUAUCGAUAUCGAUUCUAUCAUGAACUCGGAGCUUACUCUUAUGUAAUACUUAUCACCUCAAGAACAUACAGCCACUAUCAAGCCACUAUCAACACAAUAUUCCUGCCUUGGAGUCAUGCGUAGUCGACCUGACGUAAAUAUGUGCAACUCACUCAACUAAGAUCUGUGGUUUAGUUGGGUCGUAGUAUGAGCCUUCUCGCAAGCCUCAAGUCCACCUUCUUCUUAGCUGCAAUAGCUUGCAUUGUUUCUACAUCUGCUCAUCCCGAUGAUAUUAGUGGCCUCUAUGCAUUGGUGAACAGGCGCAUGCCUGGUCACUCCAAUGCAUUCACAUUUAAUCUGUCGACAACUGCCAGCUUAGACCUGGACACUUUCACAAUUCGUGAUGCUUCGGACGGUGAAGGAGAUACACAGAUUUACAUCGAGUGCACAACGAUAAGUGCUUGUGCGAGGGGACUAUAUACAUAUGUCACAGAAUUUGGUGGUGUGGAUAUCUGGUGGACAGGGUCGCGACUUCACCAGCUCCCUCACAAGCUUCCCACCAUCAAGGACCCUGUAACCAGAAGCGCUAUCGUGCCUUACCGUUACUUCUUCAACACGGUCACGUUUGAUUACACGGCUGCAUUCUACACAUUCGACGAUUGGUCUUUGCUUCUUGACUGGCUCGCGUUGCGCGGUGUCAACCUCCCUCUAGCUUGGGUCGGUUACGAGUAUAUCCUCGUAGAAGUCUUCCGAGAGGCUGGGCUCACUGAUGCAGAAAUCGCAGACUUUCUGUCUGGUCCUGCCUUCCAGGCGUGGAACAGGUUUGGGAAUAUACAAGGCAGCUGGUGCGGCGAUCUUCCGACCCAAUGGAUCAAUGACCAAUUCGCACUGCAAAAGCAAAUCAUUUCCCGCAUGGUCGAGCUGGGUAUGACCCCUGUCCUCCCAUCAUUCACCGGAUUCGUUCCCCGUGCUUUGCAUAGUUUGUAUCCAAAUGCAUCUAUCGUCAAUGGCAGUCAAUGGAUCGGCUUCCCCUCUACAUACACCAAUGAUUCGUUCCUCGAACCUUUCGAUCCCCUUUUUGCGAUUUUGCAAAAGUCCUUGAUUGACAAACAGAUCAUUGCAUAUGGGAGCGUCUCUCAUAUCUACACGCUGGACCAAUACAACGAGAAUGAUCCUUAUAGUGGUGAUCCCGCAUAUCUUCAGAACGUCUCCUCAGCCACGUUUGCAAGUCUGCGAGCAGCAGACCCAGAGGCUAUCUGGCUCAUGCAAGGCUGGUUGUUCUUCAGCGACGAAACGUUCUGGACCACCGAGCGCGUGCAAGCGUAUCUCGGUGGUAUUCCGGGGAACGAUAGUAUGAUCAUCCUCGAUUUAUAUAGCGAGGCGCAACCUCAGUGGGAGCGACUGAGCUCGUACUAUGGAAAGCAAUGGGUCUGGUGCGAACUACACGACUUUGGCGGCAACAUGGGCUUUGAAGGGAAUUUUGUCAAUGUUACCGCGGAGCCACUGCGUGCUCUGACAUCACCUGGUUCCUCGAUGGUUGGCAUGGGCUUGACGCCUGAGGGCAUGGAAGGGAACGAGAUCAUUUAUGAUGUCCUGCUUGAUCAGGCUUGGUCUCCUACCGCCAUUAACAGGACAUCGUAUGUGUCGUCUUGGGUAUCAAGGCGAUACCACGUCUCUGGCCUCCCUUCGUCUGCUGUAAAUGCAUGGGAGAUCCUGGGGGCCACAGUUUACAGCAACCAAGAUCCAUCUUCGCAAGCCACUGUGAAGAGUAUCCUAGAGCUAGCACCUGCACUCAGCGGGCUUGUUAAUCAGACGGGGUUCCCGACUGUAGUGUUCUAUGACACAAACACGACCGUUGUUCCUGCCUUGCAGAUGCUGAUACAAGCAGGCUAUGAGUCCAAUUCGUUGUUGAACAUUCCCGAGUUCAAAUACGAUCUUGUGGAUGUCACACGCCAGCUUCUCGCGAACCGCUUUAUCACCUUCUACGAAACACUUGUCGCCACGUACACAUCGAAUGCAUCCAGCAGUGCAACUGUCGCUGCAGCCAGUAAACCUCUCUUGCAGCUACUGCACGACCUGGACGAGCUUCUACUCACGGACGACUACUCUCUUCUCGCGAACUGGAUUAGUGCAGCUAGGAGCUUGGCAUAUGGAAACGCGUCGUAUGCUGCAUUCCUUGAGUACAAUGCACGGAAUCAGAUCACACUGUGGGGUCCCACAGGUGAGAUCAACGAUUACGCAUCCAAGCAGUGGGGUGGCCUCGUUGGCGGAUAUUACGUGCCACGGUGGGAGACGUUUAUAGAUUACCUGGUCGGAACGAAGGAAAAUGGCACUGCGUACAAUGCAACGGCUGUCGCGAAUACCAUGAUUGUGAUUGGGGAGCAAUGGGAUGCCCAGACGUGGGGCCAGACAGAGAGCUGGGGGACAGUGGGCAACUCGUGGAGUGUGGUGCAAGCUUUGGCAACGAAAUAUACGUAGAAGGCUGAGGUGUAUGCUGCGAACGAAACUUGUGUUAUGGCGUGGGCCAGGUGUGGGAGGAUGGGACAGUUAACAGGAUGCCAAUGCCAAGGACGAAGUUUGAAACAAGGCAGCUGAUCACUUGAGGGUUCUGUUGAACUCAAACGGUCAGCUCUCUGUAGUAUGUACUAGUACAGACGAUUCGACUGAGAACACUCUUCUUAUUACUGCGUAGUCGACCUCGAACUAUGAUUGCGCACUAAGUAAACAGUCGACUUGAAAAUCGAGAAUGUACC